AUGCUCUCUUAUUGCCAUGGCCAUCUCAUCACUCGAAAUGCCAUUCACAUUGACAUAAUGGACUCUUGGUAACCUCGUUGAGAUCCGUCCACCACACGUCAAUACCUCCAGCACAGCAUAAUCCCUCCUCUCAAACGAAUCAUGUCAUCAUAUUACGACGUAGACGCGAUCUUGACAGACUCGCAAAAACUGCCAUGCACAUUCCACAUCGACGUGCCUGGACUGGGCUAUCUUGAAGGCAAUGCGGGCGACACGGUCAAAUCAGGCACCAAGAUCGAUCUACCCAUGUGGCUUGGUACGAUGCUUGCAAUGGCAACAGGAAAUAACUCAGGCUCCCCAGAAGUCGUGACACUCGAGUUUCCCGCACCAUUACAACAACGAGUCAUCAAUGCCUUGAGAGCAGAUCCCAAGACUGUCGAUUUACGCGCCCAGGCCCCGCACUUCUAUGCUCUGGGAUCUAAAAUCAUGGAAUUGUUCGACGAUCCAGAUGUGCUGGACACUUUGGUUGAUACUUAUAGGCAGCGCGCGUCGGAGAUUGCAGAUCAUGCACAUAAUCCGCGUGGUGCGCUGGGCGAAGGUGCGGAGUUCCUCCGAGGUCUAGAUGAGUCUGAAAGACAGCUUUUCAAGGCCGCUCAUGAAGGUCCAAAGGCUGUCAAGGCUUGGACUCAGGAUUUGAAGAAGAAUGAUUGAGACUGAAAUCUCAUAUUUGAUUUUGUCGAAAGCAUAGCGUGGAGUUUUGGACAUGGUCAACAUACAAGGUAGACGUGGUUCACGAGGAAUGAUUGUAGAGGACAUUCGAACAGUGAAUAAAGUGCAAAUCUUAUCACCUG